AGUUGAAAUGGCCGGUCGCCGGGUGGCAGCCCAACACUCCGACGCCGAAAGCCGUUGCUGCCGCAGUGUCGUCGUGUGCUCGUGGUGGUCUUUAGAUCGUAAUAAUAUAAUAUAAUUUUACAAAACAAACGUUAUAUUAAAUUAGGCGAUAUCCUAUAAGCUACCCGCACACUGUACACAAUCGGCGGCGGUUCGUCUUCCGGUCUCUGCUGGGUCAUUUCCUAUCCACCCCCGUCGCAUAGUCUUGUUUUUCCGACGCCGCGUCCGUUGCGAGUAUUAUAAUCGAGUGGCGAUUGCUGUAUUUUCGUAUACACAUAGUCGAUAGUCGUGAUAGUAUAUCAUAUCGUCACCGUCAUGCACGUAAGCUCCAAGACGAUGAAGUUUGUGUUGACGGCUGUGGUUUUGGCGGCCAUCGUCUGCACGGUCGCGGGAAAGCCCGCGAAAACCAGCAGACUGGCUAAGUACACGACGCUAUGCAAGCUUUCGGACCCAAAAUUAAGCCAAUGUUUGACUAGCUUAAUGAAAGAUAUUUUAAAGUAUUCUAAUACAGGUAUACCUGAACUUAACAUACCGGCGUUGGAGCCAUUUUUAAUUCCAGAAAUUGAUUUAAAAAUAUUCCAAGGCCUGAGUGCCUCAUUAUUCGGUGGCAAUGUUCAAAAAUCCAAUAAAACUAAGGCAUUCGCACGUAAUUUAGUUGUUCAUCAUUCAUCCGAAUUUGAUAUUCACGACCUUAAGGUGGAUGUUAAAAAGAACGAAUUAUUCAUCGACCUCUCUUUCCCAAAACUUCAAAUAGAAGGAGAGUACGACGUAAAUUUAAUCAUGUUUAAUAUGCCAAUUAAAAGCACAGGACCUGUGUACAUAAAUGCCACUGACAUUACAGUCAAAGCUACAUUGAACGGGAAGACUAUAAAGAGGAAGAACGAGUCUCUUUUACUGUUCGAUACCAUUGACAUCAAAGUUAACUUCAAAGACUACGCAAUUAAGAUUGAAAAUUUGUUCAAAAAAGAUCAAAACCUGAACAGAGCAUUGAACGAUAUGCUCAAGAGCCAAAAAGCAGAGUUAAGGAAGCUAGCGAUUCCAAUGAUCGAAGAAGUAGCUGGUAAAAUGGUGCUCUCUAUGGUAAAUCAGAUUUUGACCGGUUUGCCGCUUGAGGAAAUUUUCAUAACAGAGUAGUGUCUGGUUUUAUACCAUAAUUUAAUGGUUCACCUUCAAUGUAAUUAUUCUUGGUUUUUUUCUGUUCUGUGUAUUAAUAGCUUAAGGAUUGUAACGAGCUUAUAAAAUGUAUUUUUUUUUAAAUAAAUAAUUUAAUAUAUUGUUACCAAUUUAUGUGAUCAUAUUAAAAAUGGCAAAUUUACUAGCCCUCUAAAAAUAUUUUACAACAUUAGUAUUCAGACUUAUAAAAAACAAAAUAUUGGUGAUUUCAUAUUGUUAAUCUGGAAACAGUUGUUCGUAGGUAAAGUGUUGCGUAAGUUUUUCCACAGUGUCUAACACGAACUCUUCGAGCACUUUUUGAAUAAUCGGCCUGAGCUCCAUGAAAAACAUAAUGAAAUUGGCAUUUAUAGCCAUAUUGAGUAUUUCACCUAAGAGAAAAUCAAUACUUAAGAUUAAUUAUAAAUAGGAUUUAGGUCAGGUACUUAAUUUUUGAUUUAUUUCAAUAUCGAUAGAUAUCGAAUAUCUUAUUAUAUAAUAUUUAUAUUUUUUUCAGUUUAUAUAAUUAUGGGAUGUUUUUAUACCAUUACCGUUAAUAAGUUUAAAAUAAUAUUUUAUGUGAGUUUAGUAUUUUAAAUACCUUUUUAUUUGAUGAUUUAAUAAAUACAAUUUAUAAUUAAUAUUUAAAACGA